UGUUUUAACGGUGUAAAACGAAGAUUUUCAACCCGAAUGUCCGAUAGAAAAAAAAAAUGCAAAUUCCUUGUGUUUGAGAAGGCAAUGAACCCAACCCGUUGACGAAAGUUCAAGUCCAUAAUCACCCCCAUAUUUCUUUUUGUUUUUAUCUAUCUUAAUUUACUUGUAACAUUGACUGCCCUCUGCCCCCUGCCCCUACUGUUUUUUCAAACCCAAUCCAGUUCCCACCACGAAAACACCUCCGCACUUGCAGGAGUUAAUGAGUCCAUCUCUGAACGGUACCAGCAACUCCUUAAUAUUUACAAUUUUGCCACCACUCCCGCUUCCUUUCCCCCAAUUCCUCAUUUUUUAUUCCUCUCCUUCCAUCAAGCAAAUACCCAUCUUUCCAAAGCCCGAAAUCACCUCCAUAUCCCCACCAAAGCCCUGCCAAUUCUCCUUUUGUGUCGAUGGUAAAAGCAUCAAUGGCCUCUUCAGCAUCAUCCACAGGGGUUGCCACAGAGACGAAAACUUUCUCUGUUCUGUUUGUUUGCUUAGGCAAUAUCUGCAGGAGUCCAGCUGCUGAAGGCGUCUUUAGAGAUAUUGUGAAAAAGAAAGGCCUUGACUCCAAGUUUAACAUUGACGCUGCUGGCACCAUGGAUUACCAUGAGGGAAAUUUGGCAGACCCAAGAAUGAGGGCAGCCUCAAAAAGGAGUGGGAUUGAGAUAACAUCUAUUUCAAGGCCAAUCCGGCCAUCCGACUUUAGAGAUUUUGAUCUUAUUCUUGUAAUGGAUAAGCAAAAUGGAGGUACAAUGGGAUAUUGGUCUAGCCGUCUAUGUACUCUAAAGUUCUUGAGUAGCUAAAACAAAAUUGGUUA